UUUAUUUUCACCACUUUUCAUACAGUGCAUAACUUAUUUAAACUAAUUGUUUAUUCACUUAAUUACUAAUUUGUGAAACGCCCGUGCCAAAUUUGUUUAUUCGAUGCGGCGCCAUUUUGAAAAAGUGGUGUAUUUAAUCCUGUUGCUCAUGCGCAGUUCUGAUGAGAUACCUCUUUCGUUGGCUACCUCCUUUUCUUUUCUGCGCUCCUGAUAAUUGGAGUAGUCCAAGAACGCAGUCCGUUAGAUGGCGCUGAUUCGAUUUUCAAAAAUCGAUCAUUUCGAUUAUUUACUAUACGUGAUUGAAAUCCAGCAUUUCCAGCAGAAAUUGUGACAAAUUUUCGAAUUUGAAACUUUGAAUAUUCAGAAAUUCGUGGUUUUGGUGAUUUCGAAAUCGGAUUUUGAAAUUCUAUGUCAUUGGAUUUAUUGUCCUGAUAUUUAAAAUGGAUUCUCUGACCGCUGGCACAUUAAAUGUGACAAAUAUUACAAAAUGCAUACUGGAAUUGGUGUCGAAUUCUUUAAACGCAAACGCUACAUCAAUCGCCAUUCGAAUUCACGCAGAAAAUCGUAAAAUUCAAGUAAUUGACAAUGGCAUAGGGAUAUCUAAAAAAAAAUUGAAAAUACUUGCAGAAUACAAUGAUCAGAUUCCGUAUAACUAUUGGAAUGUACAAGAUGUUUGUAAUUUGAAAAAACAGACUAUUUUAAAUAUUCGUAAAUUAUCGGACUCUCUUCUAAUAAUUUCUAGGCACUGUAACUCGUCCAAAACAUAUAUGAAGAUUUUUAAAGUGUAUCAAAAUCCAAAAAUUGUUAAAACUCAAGGAAGACCUUCACAUGGUACUACAGUAAGCAUUCAUGGAUUCCAUGAAUUAUCAUUAAACAAGUGGAACUUACCUUUAAUGUGUAAUUUAAUUGCAAAUGUUGCUAUAGCUAAUCCCCAGGUUUCCAUCUCUAUCAGGGAUGAUCAAGAACAAAAAGUUAUUUUGAUAAUCACUAAACCACAUAAUCCAACAGAUAUUUUUAAAUUAUUAUAUAAAAAAGAAGUAAUACUUCACAAUACGUGGUACAUACAGAAUAUGGAGGAAUUGAAUGUUAAGUUCUGUGCAUAUGUUGGGUUGUCUGACACUAAAACAAAUGCAACCCAACAUGUCUUUUUAAAUAACAAACUAGUUCAUUGCCCUUUAAUUUUGAAAGUAACUUCAGCAACUUUUAUUGAUGCAUUCAGCUGCUUUGCAAAAAUACACUGUAGACAGGCACUGAGUAAAAAGACAGUCUUUGUUUUAAUUUUUGUUACAUGUACUGAUUACAUCUUUGCAAUAGAACAUGGAAAGAAAACUUUAAUUUUACCUAGCAUUCAGGAAUUAUUACAAAAUAUUAGAAAAGAAAUAUUGAACAUUUUUACAAAAAAUGUUACACCUCUUUUUGAUAACAUUCCUGGACAUGUUAAAAAACAUAAGAAUUUACCAUGUAAUUACACGAAUAAGUUGAACACUGCUGAGUUGUUGAAAAAUGUGUCAAUUCCUCAGUUAUCUUUAUCGCAAAAGAGCCGUAGACGGCUCACGAUAUAUAAUGUUAAAAGAAAAGUCACAAAGUUGAAAAUUUCACAGACUCGUAAAAAUAACGAAAGUAUAUCUAAAGUAACUUCGAUCAAUCAAUUACGAAUUGACAAUUUUAUUACCAAAGAAAAAUUAUGUCAAGAUAGCGGCAAUACAGUAUUAUUAACAACAAAUAAAAUAAUUGAUAUUACGCCUAUUUCACAAGAUGACAAUGUUAAUAAAGAGCUCACAAUGUUGAGCCCAUAUGAAUGGUCAGAUUGGUCUUAUUCUGGCAAAAAGUCAUGCAAUAUAAAAAAGACACAAACAGUAUCUAGGAUAAAUCAUUUUCGGAAUAACUUUAUGGAGUUUUAUAAACGUUUUGAUUUUUUACCAGAAAAGCUCCAUAAGCAGCUACGUGGCAAUAUCAAAUUGACAAAAAUUGAUAUCUUGAAAGAGCUUGAAAAUGACUCUACAAUGAAAUUGAAGUCGGGUUUGAAAAGUAGAUAUUCAGUUCAUACAUAAAAAACAACUUGCUGAAACUGUUUCAUUUUGUACAUUUAAUUCCAGAUACAUUAAUUCAUCAAGAAUUUGAUAUACGUCCAUGUAAAGUUGCUCAACCUUUUAGUGAGUUCAGACUAAAGAAAGAAUUUCUACAGUUUCUGAAAGUAUGUAAUUCAUAAAUAUAGUAAGUAAAUUCAAUUGUAGUAAAGAUGAUCAUAUUUUCAGAUACUGGGUCAAAUAAAUAACGAGUUGAUAGUAGGAUUGAUAAAUCAGAAUGAUAUAAAGAUUCUACUAUUAAUGGAUCAACAUGCUGUUCAUGAAAGAAUAAGAUACGAAAACUUACUUCACAGUAAAUAUACUUUGUGGCUUUAUACGAGAACCGAUCAAAUAAAGAAUAUUGAUGUUUAUUGCAUAACUUAUUUUCAGAAUAUAAGUCACAAACAAGUUACUUGCUGUUCAUAAAAUUAAAAGAUCCUAUUGCAAUAAAGCUAUCCGCAGAUAAGUGUAAUUUGUUAAUAUUAAAUAAAGUUACUUUAACAAAAUUUGGGAUACGUUUUAACAUAA